AUGGUUGAAAACUGGACUGGACAAUGGGCCGCCAUGCUCAUCCAACCAGCCCCCUGGGCAACCAACUGUUUUGCCCUCUUCCACAUUUUCUCUUCACUUGUAUGCAUCCCUACUCCAGGGACAUACGCUGGCAUCUCCAACAAGUGUUCAUGGGAAGCUGCCUCAAUACAUGUUUUCUGGUCACAGCCACAGCCGUUCUCAUGGCAUACUUCAGGUUUUCCAGAUGACCAUGUCCAACAGCCAACGAGCACACCUGAUCGUCCCAGGGCAUUCAUGUUCAUGGGCAUACAUCAGAAUGUCCAGGUGGAAUUCAUGGGCAGCACAAGCCCAUGCCCUUUCAUCCCAGGGACAGCUACUAUGCAUACUUCAGAGCAUACGUACUGGUAG